UCCGCAUCGCACCUGCUCCGCGGAUUCCCACCCUUCGCUCGCCCUCCGCCCCGAGCAUCCUCCCCGCGCCCCGCUUCCGCUCCUGUCUCCAACUCCCUCGCGCCUAGAGGGACCGGCCCGGAGUCCGCUCGGCGGUGCCGGCAGCAUGUGGAACGCGACGCCCAGCGCGGAGCCGGGACCCAACUUCACGCUGCCCGAGCCCGACUGGGACGCGGCCGCCGACAACGCGUCGCUGCCGGACGAGCUGCUGCACCUCUUCCCCGCGCCGCUGCUGGCCGGCGUCACGGCCACCUGCGUGGCGCUCUUCGUGGUGGGCAUCGCGGGCAACCUGCUCACCAUGCUGGUGGUGUCGCGCUUCCGCGAGCUGCGCACCACCACCAACCUCUACCUGUCCAGCAUGGCCUUCUCGGACCUGCUCAUCUUCCUCUGCAUGCCGCUCGACCUCGUGCGCCUCUGGCAGUACCGGCCCUGGAACUUCGGCGACCUCCUCUGCAAACUCUUCCAGUUCGUCAGCGAGAGCUGCACCUACGCCACGGUGCUCACCAUCACCGCGCUCAGCGUCGAGCGCUACUUCGCCAUCUGCUUCCCGCUGCGGGCCAAGGUGGUGGUCACCAAGGGCCGCGUGAAGCUGGUCAUCCUGGUCAUCUGGGCCGUGGCGUUCUGCAGCGCCGGGCCCAUCUUCGUGCUGGUCGGGGUGGAGCACGAGAACGGCACGGACCCCCGGGACACCAACGAGUGCCGCGCCACCGAGUUUGCCGUGCGCUCGGGGCUGCUCACGGUCAUGGUGUGGGUGUCCAGCGUCUUCUUCUUCCUGCCGGUCUUCUGCCUCACGGUGCUCUACAGCCUCAUCAGCAGGAAGCUGUGGCGGCGGAGGCGCGGCGAGGCGGCGGUGGGCACCUCGCUCCGGGACCAGAACCACAAGCAAACAGUGAAGAUGCUGGCUGUCGUGGUGUUUGCUUUCAUCCUCUGCUGGUUGCCCUUCCACGUAGGACGAUAUUUGUUUUCCAAAUCCUUCGAACCUGGUUCCCUGGAGAUUGCUCAGAUCAGCCAAUACUGUAACCUGGUGUCCUUUGUCCUCUUUUACCUCAGUGCAGCCAUCAAUCCCAUUCUGUACAACAUCAUGUCAAAGAAAUACCGGGUGGCAGUGUUCAAACUCCUGGGAUUUGAACCCUUCUCCCAGAGGAAGCUCUCCACACUGAAGGAUGAAAGUUCUCGGGCUUGGACAGAAUCUAGUAUUAAUACAUGAUGAAGCACAGCUGAGCAAAGUCAUUGCUUAUUAUUCUAAAACAGAAGCCAUAGCCCAAGGGAACUUGGGAGGAAGUUGAAGGUUAAUUUUGGAGUUAGUGAUAUGAAGACAACUGGGGGGAACAAGAAGAAAAUUUGCAGGUUUGAUUGUGCACUCAUUAGUGCUUUCAUACACUCUUUCUGCAUAUCCAGAAUUUUGCAUUCUAUGAUUUUUGCAUUCUGUUUUUGGUGCUAGAAAGGGCUUUGCAAGUUCAAGAAAGAUGGAAGUGCCAAGAGGUCAAUUACAACCUUCUUAGUAGGUUUGAUUUUCUUUUUCUUUUUCAUAAACAGUAAAAGAGUUUUGAUUCAAAGGACAUUAAACUUUAAAAAGUUUAAAACGUAAAUUGUAAAAAAAGUAGCAAUGCCCCUAUAAUUCUAGAUUAGU